AUGCACGCACAAUGCCAUGAGCAAAGCCGCCCGCAAGACAAUGAUUCUGGUUCCACUCUAUCGCCCAUUACAGAGACGCCGAAUCCACGCGGAGCGCAUCUUCCGGACUUUGAUCGCAAUUUAGACGAAGUCGCUGCACCGCCCCCUGUCUACGACCCGUCGGAGAACUCAGUUCGACAGGAAGGAUAUCUGGAAAAGCAACACUCUCAAGGCGACCGCAAUGACCAACUGCCGCACUUGGGAGCGGAAACCGAAUCGCAUCAGGAGGCAGAAAAAUGGCCAAGCAAACGGCUGUUUUCCAAGGUCUCAAGGUCUUCGCACAUUGUCUGCUACCUUGUUGUUUUCUCCUUUAUUGGCACACUCCUACGAGUAGCCAUUGAAUGCCUAACGUUUUAUCCUGGGGCCCCCGUGAACACAAGUGUUCUUUGGGCCAAUGUAGGGGGCAGCCUCGUCAUGGGCUUUCUGAGUGAGGAUCAGGGGCUAUUUUACUUUGAAGAAAUUGAGGCCAGAAUUCCGGAGUCGGAGAGACAAGACGGCGCGCGUCGGGCGGCACAUCUGAUGGCACACAAGAAGACCAUUCCGCUCUAUAUUGGGUUGACCACCGGAUUCUGCGGUAGCCUCACAUCUUUUUCUACUUUCAUGCGUGACGUGUUUUUAGCACUCGCCAACAAUCUGCCCGUUCCUGUGGGCUCUUAUGCCGAUAUUUCUUUGUUUGCUUCCGCCCCGGUCGGAACAGGAGCUCCCAAUGGCGGUUUCAGUUUCAUGGCGUUAGUUGCUAUUCUCUUGACCGAAAUCGGGCUAUCUUUAGCUGGACUUAUUCUUGGGGCCCACAUUGCGAUAGGUCUUAGUGCCUGGACCCCUAGCCUAUCCCAACACUGGCUACGCAAAUUCUUGGAUCCCGUUGUUGUUGUGCUGGCAUGUUUCUCCUGGGUCGCAGUCAUAUGUCUCGUGCUAUUGUUGCCGCAGUAUUCGAAUAAGAGCGCGUUGUGGAGCGCGGAACUCUGGCGGGGUCCGGUCCUCUUCUCUUUAGUAUUUGCCCCAGUCGGCUGCCUAGCGCGUUUCUUCAUCUCACUGAAACUUAACGGCCGAGUUGCGUCUUUUCCACUGGGAACCUUUGUGGUCAAUGUUGGCGGCACCAUGGUGUUGGGCAUGGCAUACUCACUUCAACAUGCCUCCAUCAGUGCGUCCAGCCUCGGCGGAGGAAACUUAAUCGGUUGCCAGGUCCUACAAGGGAUCAUGGAUGGGUUUUGCGGAAGUCUCACGACUGUUAGUACGUGGGUUUUGGAGUUAUCGGAUUUACGCAGGCGCCAUGCUUAUGUCUACGGUGGUUUAAGCGUGGCGGUUGCCCUCUGCGCGCUAGUGGUGGAGAUUGGAAGCUUAAAGUGGACCCACAAUCUAGUGACCCCUUCAUGUUUCGCUCAAUGA